AUGGAAUUCUCACAGCCUCCUCCGUCCGUGGACGCUGCGGUACCUGCGGUGCAGCACUUUGCGAAUCCACCUCCGAUUAAUCGCAUCCUCAGCUACCAGCACCCGCAACCACCGAAACAGCAGUUUAAUUUCUACCACCACAAACCGUACCACCACUUCAAUGGCUUCCGUGGCGGGGGUCCGAUGUCGCAGGACGACUUCGAUGGCAAGCGGCUCCGUAAGUCGGUUAUGCGCAAAACGGUGGACUACAACGCCUCCAUCAUCAAAGCACUCGAGUGCCGCACCUGGCAACGGGACUACCGCGACCGGCGGGGUCUACAGCCGGAAAGCAUCUACAUUCCCGAGCUGUUGCCACCACCAAGCUACAUGGACAACCCGAGCAACGCCGUCACGACGCGUUUCGUGAAAACUGCGACGAAUAAGAUGCGCUGUCCAAUCUUCACGCUUGCUUGGACCCCGGAGGGUCGCCGGUUGAUCACAGGCGCAAGUUCCGGCGAGUUCACCCUCUGGAAUGGGUUAAUGUUCAACUUCGAAACGAUUCUGCAGGCGCACGACGUUUCCGUACGGACGAUGGUUUGGUCCCACAACGACAACUGGAUGGUGACGGGCGACCACGGCGGUUUCGUCAAGUACUGGCAGUCGAACAUGAACAACGUCAAGAUGUUCCAGGCCCACAAAGAUCCGAUCCGGGGAAUAAGUUUCAGCCCUUCGGACUCGAAGUUUGCCAGCUGCAGUGACGACGGUACGGUACGGGUGUGGGAUUUCCUUCGCUGCCAGGAGGAACGGGUGCUUCGAGGACAUGGUGCGGACGUUAAGUGCGUCCAUUGGCACCCACAAAAGGCGUUAAUCGUAUCCGGCAGUAAGGACAAUCAACAGCCGAUCAAGCUGUGGGAUCCCAAAUGCGGCCAGGCGCUGGCAACACUGCACGCUCACAAAUCGACGGUGAUGGAUCUCAAGUGGAACGACAACGGCAACUGGUUGGUGACGGCUUCGCGUGAUCACCUGCUGAAGCUGUUCGAUCUGAGAAACCUCAGCGAGGAGGUUCAAGUGUUCCGUGGUCACAAGAAGGAAGCUAGCGCGGUAUCCUGGCACCCAGUGCACGAGGGUCUGUUUGCCUCUGGUGGCUCGGACGGAUCAAUCCUAUUUUGGAACGUAGGAACCGAUAAGGAAGUGGGUAGCAUCGAUAUGGCGCACGAUAGCAUAGUAUGGACGCUGGCUUGGCAUCCGCUAGGUCACAUUCUGUGUUCGGGUUCGAACGACCACACGGUUAAGUUCUGGACGCGCAAUCGACCAGGAGAUCAGAUGCGUGACAAAUAUAACCUCAACACGCUGCCAGCCAGCCUGGCCGGGCUGGACGAGUGCGAGCUGGAGGAACACAUUGUCAUUCCGGGUAUGGGCCCGGAGGAUAAGGUCGACAUCGUCGAAAGCAUCGCGACCAAGGAGACGGGUGCGAUUCCCGGUCUGGAUCUUAACCUGAACAGCUUUAAUGACAAAAUGCGCGAAAAGAAGAUCCCGUACAGCAAGCCGAUCCCGCGCAACUUCCAGGCCCAGUGGAACGAGUCGAGCAAGCUGGACGACCACUCGGCGGCGGCCGAUGAAAUCAAGGAGGUAAUCUCGCAGAUCGUCGACGGUGGUCCGAUUACACCGAAGAAACCACUCCCGACGGCUAUCUCGCUGUACGAGAAAACGAUCGCGGUGAUACCUGGAAGUGCAUUAGAGCAAGCAAUAAGUGACGGAACGGAGGCGCUAAACCGGUUCAUCGAGAACGGUGGCAUAGAGGAGCUGCAUGACAUAUUCCCACCACUUGAACCGGAUGCGCCAUCCAACGGAGAUGAGGAACCACCGGUGAAACCUCCCGCCAAGCGCGCUCGUCUCGAUGUCGAGCCAAAGUUCUUCUACGGCGCGCUAGCGUUCAUGGCCGACCCGCCGGAACAGUCUCGCGAUUCCAUACAUUCGACGGAGGACGGAGGUUCGCGAUCGAAAGACGAUCCUGCCUUCGACCCGAAACUCCCGUCACUGCUGCAACUCGACAUUAACCCCCCGCCAAACGUGCAGUUCAAUACGGAAGAUCCGGUGGAGGUCGCGGCACAGCGCAACAACUGGAAGGGACGUGACCGUGAAAAGCAGCGAGAGCGCGAAAAGCGCGACCUGGAGGAAGACAAGAAGAUCUGGAAAGAGUACAACGACCGGAACUGGGACGAGGAAGAGGACGAUUCGGUUAUGGUGGUGGAGCCGCCUAGUGGUCCCCGGCCCGACUCACCCGUAAGCCAGAACACCAACAGCAACGGCCAGUGGAUACCGGAAUACGACAAUGAUAUGCCUCCGGGUCCAGUACCGGGACAUCAUGUCGUCCCGCCCUGGCAGAAGGACAAUGGCGGCGGAGGCCAGUCGUUACCGCCCGGUGGAGGAAUGAUGCCGUUCGAUGGGUACGGUGAUGACGAUGGCGCGCGAUCGAUGGACGGGUUCAAUAUGCAGCGACCGCCACCACCGAUACCGGGCGGGCUGCCACCAUCGUUCGGAAACCACAACCAGAACCCAUUCGCCAUGAUGGGCGGUCGUAAUGAUGACGAGGGCGGCUAUCACAAUAAGAAUAAUAACAACAACCAUAACCUUGGCGAUCACCGAGAGUUCAAUCGGAACGCCGACUGGUCGCGGAACGACGGUGGAAACCAUCGGGGAGGCAACCAUCGGAACCGUGGUGGAGGAAGAGACUUCCGGGACGAUCGGGGUGGUCGCCGGGACCGAGGCUUCAGGAGGAGAAACUGAGUAGCAGAUGGAUGUAACCGCUUCGUACCACGGCAGCUGUCGUUGUACGAGCAAUGCGUGUGAUUGUUCGGAUGAAAGGAUUGUACGAAAGUGUUAGCAUUUAAGAAUAAAUAUGUUAAGAAUUGUACAAAUGACUGUUUCCAACCAGCGGUCGUGUGGGGGAUAGAAAGAAUAAUAAUAAUAAAAUACUAAGUUACAGGUAGCGCAGUUAUGGGAAAGAUC